AUGCAGUCUGAAAAAGAGGGGGUAAAGUCUUUCCACAUUCCACCACAAACUAGUCUGCAGGGCUUUGUGAGCAGAUUGAAGAUCAUGGACAGUGAUGUCACUUCUGGGCUCACUUUUAGAGUUCUUCUGCCAUUCUCCUUGACUGAAGCUAUAUCAUUCAGGUACAAUGGAAUGUCAGUUGUCUACCUUAUAUUUUUACUUCUCCUUCCACUCUUUCCUCAACUGUCAGCUAGUUCAAUGAAAGGAAGCACAAAACAUUUGUUGAGAGCCCUCUUCCUCCUAAUACAAGCGGCUUCUCAGAUGGCUUUUCGUUUCAUGCCUCCUGGUGGUGCAGUUUGGGAGGUGGUACUUGGGGAUUUGGGAAUUCUAAGAUUCAGCCAGGUGGAUGCUGGGAAUAUUGUUCAUCUGUUGGGUUCAGACAUUGGGAUGCUGGUCAUAUCUCUUGUCAUCAUAAAGUUGAGCCAAAAGCUGGUGAUGCCCCUUGUUCCUGAGUCAACUUCACCCUCCCACAGCAAUGAGAGGGAAGAGGAGACAGAGGUGGAGCAAGAGGCAGGAGAUGAAAUCAAUCUGGAUAUUGAUGACAGUAAUUCUGACAGUAGCACUUACUCUGAGGAAAGUGUUUCUGAAGCAAAGACCAAGGGGAAGAUGACAGAAUUCUUGGGCAAAAUCACUACCAUCACCACCCACUUGCAAACAAUACUGGACACCCUUGUAACAAUAGCUGGGAAGGUCCUGGUGACCCUACUCUUGGGCUUGUCAGGGAUCAUCUACCCUUCACUGACCUCUGCUGUGUACUUUGUCACCUUCCUGGGCAUAUGUUUCUGGUGGUCCUGUCAUCAAGAAGUGGGCACCUUGGCCUUCAGCACCAUGUGUGUCUCCCUGGCCAUCUUCGCUGCAGGCCGCAUUGGGAGCCUCUAUCUCUAUCAGCUGCCUUACUUUCAAGACUUAGUCCUGCUUGAAGACAUUUAUGCCAGCUGCCUAGGAAAAGAAUCAGAAACCUAUGUGGCCUUGAGUGCUGCCACAGGGGAGAAGACCUUGGGGGCUCCACCAGAGUGUGACAUAAGGACAUUUCUGAAGACAGUGGUGCCUUUGACUGUUCUCCCAAGUGGGAGCCGGCAGGAUGUGCCACUUUUGAAGUGUGAAGAACAUAAGCUCCCAAGCUGUGGUGUGGAUUCACCUGCCUUUUGUGAUUCAGAACAGGUCUGGAGCAUCACUCACAAGAACUGGCUGACUUUUGUCCUGUUGAUCUGGCCAUGCAUCAUUUGGAUGGCUCGUAACAGUUUCCCAGGAAGAAUUAUUUCCAGGAGUUUCACUUCAAUCCUCAUUGGCUUUGAUCUAAAGCCUUAUCCCCAGCCCUGUUUCUAUAUUGGUGUCAAGUAUGUGACAGAGAGACAGUCACUGGCAAAGGCGAAGGAGGAGACUCUACAGGAAGUGACUGGUGAUGAACAUGGCCAAGAGAAACAAAUGAAUGCCCUGAUGGCUCUCUUGGGCUCUUUCAUAAUCUGGAUCCUGGUUAAAUACUGGAUCUUUCUUUGUGGUAGCAUGUUCUUCAUUGUCAGCUUUGAUGGCAAGGUGGUUGUCUACAAAAUCCUCUACAUCAUGCUUUUUCUUGCCUGUGUGGCCCUGUGUCAGGUUCACUAUGACUGCUGGAGGCGAAACCUCAAGUAUUUCUGGAUGACUGUGGUCUCUUACUCCAUGGUGGUUCUUAUUGCUGUCUAUGGCUACCAGUUUAAAACCAUUUCUGGCUUUUUAAUCCACACACUGGGGCUGUCAGAGGAAGGGUUAAGAGACAUAGGGCUGGAACAAUUUGAUACAGUGGAGCUGUUUGCAAAGAUUAUGCUACCUGUGGCUUUUCUCCUGGCAUGCAUCCUACAGCUGCAUUACUUUAAUGAAGACUUUCUCAAGAUCACCAGCCUGAAUAAUACUCCAAUCAGUUUGGAAGGCACACCUGACAGAAAUAAGACGAUUGAAAAUGAUGUACAUCUUCUGGCAGAUGUGCUCAAAGCAACAAUUUGGAAACUUCAGAAUAGAGAAACAAGAAAUUGCAACUGGAUGAUUGACAAGCUAACUACUGGUUUUCUGAAACUUCUAGAAAUAGUUAAUGGAACUCAAGCGUUACUAUGGAGACUCCUGGAAAUACACAUCAUCAAGGUUGUUUCCACUGUGAUCAUCUGGGUUACUCUUCAGGAGGUUUCCUUCAUGAAUUGUCUAUUCUACAUCAUCUGGGUGUUUGCAUUGCCCUAUUCCAAAUUACACCUGUAUGCAUCACACAUCUGCAUGGUUUGGGCUUGCGUAAUGGUCAUCUGCAAAAUGAUGUAUCAGCUGAAGUUUGUCAAACCUCUGACCUACUCUUCAAAUAGCACUGAGGGGCUAUAUCAGAAUGGAAUCCUUCCACCUGACAACCUGGCGGAACUGCAGAAGGCUUCUCUCUUAUAUAUCUCCCUUAUUGAUCCAGCAUAUUGGUUUGGGGGACUAAGAAAAUGUGACGCCAAAGUGUUACCUUGCCUGAAGAAUCAUCUCACCACCUUGGCACUAAUGGCAAUGGAGGCCACCAUAUACAGGCACCAGAAAGUCUACCAGCACCACAAUCAGCUGAAGCAACCCCUGCUGGGCAGCAUUUUUGAUGGUGUCACUAGAAAGCACCUGGAUGAUGGGUUACUGAGCUCGGUGAAAUAUUUCAUCAACUAUGGUUUCUAUAAGUUCGGGCUAGAGAUGUGCUUUGUUGCUGUUCUUAAUGUCACAGGACAGCGCAUGGAUUUUUAUUCCCUGGUCCACAUCUGCUCAUUAAUUUAUUUGCUUCGCCUUCGGAGGAGGAAAGCAAUUGCUGAGGCCUGGCCAAGAUGCUGUGGGUUUCUUGCCAGUCUUAUGACCUUUCAGUACUUUCUGUGCUUUGGAAUCCCUCCAGCUUUUUGCAAAGAUUACCCAUGGAGAUCCAUGAGACCAGCAAUCCGUUCAAAUCUCAUUAAAUGGUUAUAUCUCCCAGAUUUUGCCAAGAAACCAGAUGCUCUUUUUCUCCUGUAUGAUUUUUUGCUUCUGCUCUUUGCCUUUCUCCAGUGGCAAGUAUUUGAAGAUGAGAAUAAGGCUUCUGUAACAGUGAAGGUGGGAGAUAAUGUGGAGAUAAGCCAGGAUUUGAUUCCAGAAGACCUCAGUCAAUUCACUCCAGUACCGAACUUUAUUUACUGCCGGUCCUACCUUGAUAUGGCUAAAAUCAUUGUGUUCCGCUACCACUUCUGGUUUGUACUCUGCCUGGUUUUCCUCACCAGGACAACUCGAAUCAACAUCCUCUGUGCUGGCUACCUGGUAGCCUUUUUCUACUUCAUGCUCCAUGGAAGGGCCCUCCUGUUGAGACACAUGAAAAUUAUCCUCCAUCGGUGGGACUACCUGAUUAUAUACUGCUGUAGUGAUUGCCAUGAAGAAUCUUCUAAGUGUAUGUUUAUUGGAGCUUGCGCUUACCUGGAGGGAUUACUGAGUUCCCACUGCUGGUUUGUUCGCAGUUUUAGCAUAUACUGCACAAUAGGAGGCUAUAGCUUAUCCAUUCCUGAUGAUGAAGGGUGUGAACCUCCAGAAAAGGAUGCUGGGAUCCUAUGGGAUGCUAUAUGUUUCACCUUCUUGCUAAUCCAGAGGAGAAUCUUUACAAGUUACUAUCAUCUUUAUGUUGUGGCUGAUCUAAAAGCCACUGAGGUCUUAGUAUCCAGAGGAGCUGAGAUGUUUGACUUGAAGUUAAAAAAGUUUUUGAUGCUUCGAGAAGAAGAGGAAAAGUCAAAACUGUUCAUGAUGAAACAGUAUGUUGAUCAAACAAUGCUUUACAUCCUACUCCUACAAAGGAAAGAUAAUGGAGAAAAUCAAAUUGAAACAGAAAAAAAAUUGACAGUAUGCAGCAGACUGAUAAAUCUACCUUUGGUGCCUCAAUGGUUAAAGACAGUCAUUCUCUCAAGACAAACACAAGGAUCAAAAGACAGAAGUCUGGAGAAAUGUGAAGAUGUUGAUGCUGAUGCUUCCGAGAAAGAAGAUGGAAGCUUGCAUGAACCAGAAAUUCUAACGCAGAGAAUAAUCGAUAUGGUCAGAUUUUCAUGGAUCUUUGGGAAGGUGCUGCUGGAAGACACCAUAGCAGCAGUGCACUCCCUGUAUAAAGAAAAUUGGGAAAUAACCACCAUGUUGAGGGUGGAGUGGUGUAUGCUACUGAAAAGGCUCAAUAAGUUUUGGUGUCUUGUGACAUUUGGGAGGCCUAGGGAAUGCUCAGAGAUGGGUGAUAACUACACAAGUGAUGAUGAGAACAGCCUGGGUGAGGAAGAUGAGGGUGAGCCAAUCUUAGGACUUGGCUGUCAAGAAGCCAGCCCACCCGACAGCAGCUUAAUGCAAGCUCGACAAAGAAGCUCCUUAUCAGAAGCCAAAGACUUGGUUACUGCUUCAGUGGGACAGAAGAAGAAAAGAGUCACUAGAUCAAUAAGAAAAGCUCCCUUCCCAUUGCUGCCUACUGGAGAUCUACUCCUUAAAAGGGUUUUUUAUGACUGCGAGCUGGAAGAGGUAGAUACAUUCUACAGGAGUCCCCCCAAAAUGGUGAGGCUCACUUUGGAGCUGUACGAGCUGAUUGAGUCCAAGUCUGAAAUGCUCAGUUACUUCGUGAUCAUCCUGAACCACAUGAUUUCAGCUUCCAUCCUGACACUGGUGCUCCCCAUUCUCUGCUUCUUGUGGGCUAUGCUUUCUGUUCCAAGACCUCCUAAAUGCUUCUUGAUGGCUGCUAUCUUUUACACAGAGGCAGCAGUAGUGGUCAACUAUUUUUCACAGUUUGGAUUCUUUCCCUGGACCACAAAGCUCUAUGCAGGCAUACAUGGAGAAAAGCCAUUUUCUCUGCCAAAUAUAGCUGGAAUUGAAAAAAAGAGUAGCUAUGUCCACUAUGACCUUGUGCAACUGUUGGCUUUGUUCUAUCAUAGAUCAGUCUUGAAGAUAAAUGGCCCCAGCAGAGGAUAUGUUCUUUGGAAAUGGGGAAUUCCAGGACAGAAGAGCCAGGAAGAUGCAGAGCUGGUUCAGAAAAUUUCCAAUCAAUGGAAGGCUGCUCACUGCAAGGAUGCUGAAGAAACAGCUGGUGAAAUCCAGAAAGCUGGCAACUCAAACCUGCAAGAUGGAAAGAUUCCCAUGGUCCUUAGGGUACAGCAGCAAUGCAGUUGUGCCCUCCGGAUCUAUUGGCCCAUCAGACAGUUCUUCUACAACAUCAUCCACCCAGAAUUCAGCCCUGUGUGUGAUGUCUAUGCCUUCAUGUUCCUGGGUGAGGGCAUCAACUUUCUCAUCAUCAUCUUUGGAUACUGGGCCUUUGGAAAAUACUCAGCUGCUGACUUUUCUGAGACACUUUCUGAGGACCAGGUGCCAGAAGCUUUUUUGGCAACGAUCCUCAUACAGUUUGGCAGCAUGAACGUGGACCAUGCCAUCAACCUGAGAAAAAACAUGUAUGGCAAGUGCGUAUUUCAGGUUGUCCUUGUUAUCGAAGUUCACUUCUGGCUGUUCUUCAUUCUUCCUGAAGUAACCAAGAGGAGGUUCAGUGCAAACUACAUGGCUCAGAUUUGAUACCCGGUCAAAUGUAUUUACUUUGGCUUGUCAGCCUAUCAGAUCAAAUGUGGCUACCCAAAUCAUAUCCUGGGCAACUUUCUGACCAAAAACUUCAAUUUUCUUAACCUCUUCCUAUUUCAAGGUUUUCGAAUCGUGCCUUUCCUUUUGGAGCUAAGAACGGUUGUGGACUGGAUAUGGACUGACACUGCCCUCAGCCUGUCUAGUUGGAUCUGCCUGGAGGACCUGUAUGCCAGUAUUUUCAUCAUGAAAUGCUGGAGGGAAUCUGAGAAGAGAUACCCCCAUCUACCAGGGCAGCAGCAGAACAAGAUUGUGAAAUACGGACAGGGAGGUGUUAUUACUUUGGCUCUAGUUUUCCUCAUGUGGUUUCCACUGGCUUUCAUGUCUCUGCUGAAGUCAGUGGGGGGAGUGACCAACCAGCCCCUGGAUGUCUCCAUCAAAAUUUCCAUCAGUGGUUAUGAGGCUGCCAUGCAGUUCAUAUCAAACUAUCAUGCAGAGGAUAUCACUGUGGCAAAGAUCAAAAGUCAUGCCAGCCUCCUCUGGAACAUCAGCCCUGCCAACCAGGCAGCCAUGAUCACCGAGCUCUCCACUGCCACGGCUGACUAUGUCACCUUGGUGUGGACCAUUCAGAGAACUCUUCCUGGUCUGAUCCCCAAAGCUUUGAGGACAACAGCUGGAACAGAAGCUAAGAUUGCUCACCGGCUGGAAGCUGGGAAGGCAUUCAGGCCAACGUCUCAGGCACUGAGUCUUACAGACAAGGCCACUGAGAGGGUUAUCCAAGAGUGGAGAUCCAGCUGUGCAAAGAACCGAGGCUGCAGUUGGGACCUCGAGACCAUUAUCUACAGUGACAAAGUCAGCCCCCAGAGCCUGGGCUUCCUUGCAGGAUAUGGUAUUGUUGGGCUGUACGUGUCUGCUGUCAUGGUUAUUGCUAAGUUCAUCCGGGAACACUUCAAUGACAUCUCCUGAUGCAUCAUGUAUGAGGAGUUCCCCAAUGUGGACCGCAUCCUCAAGCUUUGCACUGACAUUUUCCUGGUCAGGGAAAUGGGUGACCUUGAGCUGGAGAAGCAGCUCUUCUCCAAGCUCAUCUUUUUGUAUUGUUCCCCAGAGAUCAUGAUCAAGUGGACCCGAGAGGCCCAGCCCCCUCCCCAGCAACCUGUGGAUCAGUUAUCUGGGUCCUGGCAAUCAUGCAAGACCACAUGUGGAUACCCUCCCCCAUAUCCACCUGCGUUCCCUGCUGAAGCCUAGCUCUCGGUGCACAAAGAACAAACCCC